AUACAUCUAGGAUGCCUUGGGGGUGAGUAAAACAUGGACUAAUUUAAAUUUCCUUUAAAUUAAAAGUUCCUUUAGGGAUUAUCAGAAAAGAUGCCACAAAAUGAGCCGGUGCGUUUGUCGACCUCAGAGGUUUAAUAUCUUCUUAUAGUUGAUUUGUGUUAAAUCGCUGGAAUGUUUUAAUUUACAAGGCUUUAAAACUUUAGUUUUGUGAGCACGGGAGUGCCACUGGCUGAUCCAGUGGUGACGGAUAUCUGUCAUUUCACUCUCUGGCCAUCAGACAGUCAUUAUUAACCUGACCUAGUAAUGAUCAGAUAUGUUGGUUUAGCUUGUCAGUGUGAAUGGAAUUUAUGUAUUUAUUUGUAUUUUUGACCACUUAAAAACAAAAUUGAGUGGGAGGAGUUAUCCCGCAGCUGCAAUUGUUCCUCUAGAGGGGGUAUUUUUUUCUUAGCCAAUGUAAGUCUAUGGGACAUUUUUGUCAAGCCAGCAUAAUAAGUUUAAAUAGCAUAACAAUAUCUUGGCUUUGUCAAGUCAACAUAAUAAUAAUAAGAAGAAAACAUACAGAUACAAUAGGGGCUUGGCCAUUAAAUAUAGCUGCAAGCAGCAAUUAAGGGGCCAAGCCCCGAACGGUCAGCAACAGCAGUGCAGAGCUGGAAAAGCAAAAACAGCAUAAAUAGAAUAUACAAAACAAAUCGGAAGUACAGGUGUGAAUUAACUCAAAAUGAACAAAAACACAUUUAUUUCUAAAACAAGAGGAAGAAAGAUAAGUACAAUGCUUACCCAGAUAAUAAGGAAAUUGAAAUGACAUAUCACACACAAUUUCAAAAUAAUUAACCCACACUGGGCUCAAACCCAUGACCUAUGGGUCUAAAGCCUGUCACUCAUCUUGCUAUGCCACUGGGAAGAUGUAUACUCACAGAAAGUUCAGAGGAACAGGUGAGAAUGAUCUAAAUAAACAGAAGUUCAUUUCUGAUUUAGGAAAAAGAACACACAUAGGAGAUGCAAGGACUGGAACAGAUCAAACUUUUGCACAGCUUCUGGCCACAGUACCUCUUUUGGUCUGGGCAUGGGGCACACGGGUUUCGAACCCACGACCAGAAAGAUUAGAAGUCAGUGGCUUAGCAGAGUGCACCACUCGUUCUCCGGCCCCUGUGGAAAACUUUCAGUGUGAGAAUGAGCACACAAAAGCAUGAUUUAAUGCAAACAUAGCAUACAUUUUAUCUGAUAGCUAAAAAGCCACAUUAGAGAGAAUGGGACCCAGCUAGCAUGCUAAGCUAUACAGAUGUAAUGAUAUGAAAAUUUCUUAUCACGAUUAUAGUGACCAAAAUUAUCACGGUUAUCAGUAUUAUCACGGUAUUGUUAAAAUGUGCUGGAAAUGUUCAAAAAGUACUGACACAUAAAUCACUUCACCAAGUUUUAUAUUUAAAAUCAACAAAAAACAAAUAAAAUGACUUUUUGUUUGCAUAAACACUAAAACAAUAACAUUACCAAUGAUGUCCGGGUUUUAAAUGACAACAUGAUUGACAACAAUUGAUCUAAUAGCAUGUUCAAAUAUCUAAUGUAAAUGUUCAAAUAAAGCUUUAAAAAAGUUUCAUGAAAAGGUAAACCUCACAUAUCACCCUUUAAAUAAAAGGGUAAAGUCAAAAUGAUAAUUGAUUAUUAAAUGAUUAUACAGGUGCAUCUCAAUAAAUUAUAAUGUUGUGGAAAAGUUCAUUUAUUUCAGUAAUUCAACUCAAAUUGUGAAACUCAUGUAUUAAAUAAAUUCAAUGCACACAGACUGAAGUAAUUUAAGUCUUUGGUUCUUUUAAUUGUGAUGAUUUUGGCUCACAUUUAACAAAAACCCACCAAUUCACUAUCUCAACAAAUUAGAAUACUUCAUAAGACCAAUAAAAAAAAAAACAUUUUUAGUGAAUUGUUGGCCUUCUGGAAAGUAUGUUCAUUUACUGUAUAUGUACUCAAUACUUGGUAGGGGCUCCUUUUGCUUUAAUUACUGCCUCAACUCGGCGUGGCAUGGAGGUGAUCAGUUUGUGGCACUGCUGAGGUGGUAUGGAAGCCCAGGUUUCUUUGACAGUGGCCUUCAGCUCAUCUGCAUUUUUUGGUCUCUUGUUUCUCAUUUUCCUCUUGACAAUACACCAUAGCUUCUUUAUGGGGUUCAGGUCUGGUGAGUUUGCUGGCCAGUCAAGCACACCAACACCAUGGUCAUUUAACCAACUUUUGGUGCUUUUGGCAGUGUGGGCAGGUGCCAAAUCCUGCUGGAAAAUGAAAUCAGCAUCUUUAAAAAGCUGGUCAGCAGAAGGAAGCAUGAAGUGCUCCAACAUUUCUUGGUAAACGGGUGCAGUGGUUUUCAAAAAACACAAUGGACCAACACCAGCAGAUGACAUUGCACUCCAAAUCAUCACAGACUGUGGAAACUUAACACUGGACUUCAAGCAACUUGGGCUACGAGCUUCUCCACCCUUCCUCCAGACUCUAGGACCUUGGUUUCCAAAUGAUAUACAAAACUUGCUCUCAUCUGAAAAGAGGACUUUGGACCACUGGGCAAUAGUCCAGUUCUCCUUCUCCUCUUCGUCUCCCAGGUAAGACGCCUCUGACGUUGUGUGUGGUUCAGGAGUGGCUUAACAAGAGGAAUACGACAACUGUAGCCAAAUUCCUUGACACCUCUGUGUGUGGUGGCUCUUGAUGCCUUGACCCCAGCCUCAGUCCAUUCCUUGUGAAGUUUUUGCUUGACAUUCCUCAUAAGGCUGCGGUUCUCUCGGUUGGUUGUGCAACUAUUUCUUCCACACUUUUUUCUUCCACUCAACUUUCUGUUAACAUGUUUGGAUACAGCACUCUGUGAACAGCCAGCUUCUUUGGCAAUGAAUGUUUGUGGCUUACUCUCCUUGUGAAGGGUGUCAAUGAUUGUCUUCUGGACAACUGUCAGAUCAGCAGUCUUCCCCAUGAUUGUGUAGCCUAGUAAACCAAACUGAAUGACCAUUUUUGAAGGCUCAGGAAACUUUUGCAGGUGUUUUGAGUUGAAAAACGAGUUUAAAUUGUAUCUUUACCAAAAAAAAAAAAGAAAAUUUAUUCCAGUUUUUCCCAAAUUCAAACCUUGAUUCAAAUUUAUCAUAAGCUUAAUUGAUUUGGUUUAAAGAGAUAAUUUUUUUUUUUUUUUGAAGACUGCAUAUAAAAUAGCUACCAAAAUAAAUGUUGGUAACUGCAGUUUGACUUUUCGUUGACUAAAACUAUGAAAGACUCAAAUGACUAAAAUGUGACUAAGACUAUUAAGCAUUUUCAUCUCAAGAUAAAGACUAAGACUAAAUAGAAAAAAAGGCCUGCCAAAAUUAAAACUGUCCGUAACCUCUGUGGACAAAGCAGCGUUGUGAUUAAGAACACUUCUUUAGGUAUUAUAUGGAGCAAAGAUAAACAAAAUGCCAUCGAAUCUUUUCUGAAGACAGUCAGAACCUUCAGAGGUACAUUCAUAUUAUUAAUUCCUUCAUGUAUUCAUUUGUAUAAUUAUCUUAGCACCUGUUUUCUGCCAUGUUUUAACUCUAAACGAAACUCUGUUACUGAAAACUGUGCUUUAUACUGGACAGUAUUUAUUUAUCAUCAUUUGUUCAAAUCACAGUAAUCGAAUACGGUUAUAAUGAUAAUUAAAACAUGAAACGGUAAUACUAACCAUGGUGAAUUUUAUCAUGAUUUAUCGUUACAUCCCUACUAAGCUACUAGCAUAAGUAAACAAACACAGGCAUUCAGAGAGGUAUUUCUCGGGAACGGUAGCAAAUAUCAAAAAUCCGUUUGGUCAUUUCUGUGCGGCAGAACCUGAUUUUGACCACAUCUGACCUGAUUUUGGACAAAAUUGGACACAUUUUUUGGAAGGAGUAGCGAAAAAAACUGUUGUUCAUUUACUUCAAAAUGGCAGACAGGCACAUUGAUGGAAAAUGGCAAAUGAGAAUUGACAUGACCCAGGGAUUGAAAAGUUAUAAGCGUUUUUCCAAAAAUAUUUAUAUCUCUGGAAGACUAGGUGGUGCUGUGUUCUAACUUAUUAGGUGCCUCCAGGAUCCCUACCGAUGUGUGCAGCUAUGUCAAAUGGUUUAGAAGAUAUCGUAAUUUAUGGCAAAUUUCAAAAUGGCGGACACAUGGUUCAGUUGAUCCUGGAAAAAUCGAUAUCCACAGAUUUUCUGACUAACUGUUCAAAGGUUAUUAGCUAAAUGUCCAUUUUUGAUAUCUCAUUGGUUCUAGUGCUAAAAUAAUUUAAUAAUGUGAUAAUUUCUAUAAUAAUUAAUAUAAUUUAUAAUUUCUUAAUUCAAAAUAGAAUAUUAAUAAAUCCAUCUCUGAUAAUCCCAGUGUCAGACUGUGUCUCCGCAUCCUGUGUUUUCCCCUCCUCUCGUGUCCUUAUUUGGAUUUCCUGUCCGUGUCCUAGUUUAGUGUUCAUUAGUUAAUUCGUCUCCAGUCCUGUGUCGUUAAUUAUCUAGUUUUCCCCAGUGUACUUAAGUCCUGUGUUCCAUCCAGUCAGUGUUCGGUCUUGUAUGUCAAUAGUUGUGUUAUUCGUCCUUGUAUAAUGGUUAUUGUCAAUAAAGUCUUGCAUCCCGAAGUUCCUCGUCUCCGCGUCUCCCUGGAGUCAGCAGCUACGUCACUGUCACAGAAGACCGAACUAAAACUGAAGAGAUGGAAGUCGCUCGGAGUUCGUUCGGCUCGCCAGGAGGAUGCCGCUGGACGACGCGGCCAUCCUCCACCUGUUCCAGGCACCAGCCUGCCGCCCGCGGCUUUCCCUCACACGCUGCCGUCCACGGCCCGCCCUAGUCCGCCGUCAGAGAGUAUGGCCAGCCCGCCGCCCGCUGCUUUCCCUCACACGCCGCCGUUCGUGGCCCGUCCUAGCCCACCGACUGAGAGUAUGGCAAGCCCGCCGCCAGAGUGUAUGGCAAGCCCGCCAGUGCCUGCUCCUUGCAAGUGUUCCCCAGUGUCUCCGCUGGUCCCGUCCAGCCCUCCUGCGUCUCCGGUGGUCCCGUCCAGCCCUCCUGCGUCUCCGCUGGUCCCGUCCAGCCCUCCUGCGUCUCCGCUGGUCCCGUCCAGCCCUCCUGCAUCUCCGCUGGUCCCGUCCAGCUCCACGCUUCCAGAGUGCCCCCCAGUGCCUGCGCCACGAAAGCGCCUCCCUAUCUCCGUGCUGCCAGAGCGCAUACAAAAGUCCGCGCUUCCAGAGCGCCCCCCAGUGCCUGCGCCAUGAAGGCGCCUCCCUAUCUCCGCACUGCCAGAGCGCCGCCAAGAGCCCGCCAUCCCUGAUCGCCUACCCAGUACCACCUUAAAUUUCCCCAAGAAAAUUGGGGGGGGGGGUAGUAGGACCCGCCAUGGGGUAAUGUCAGACUGUGUCUCCGCGUCCUGUGUUUUCACCUCCUCUCAUGUCCUUAUUUGGAUUUCCUGUCCGUGUCCUAGUUUAGUGUUCAUUAGUUAAUUCGUCUCCAGUCCUGUGUCGUUAAAUAUCUCGUUUCCCCCAGUGUACUUAAGUCCUGUGUUCCCUCCAGUCAGUGUUCGGACUUGUACGUCAAUAGUUGUGUUAUUCGUCCUUGUAUAAUGGUUAUUGUCAAUAAAGUCUUGCAUCCUGAAGUUCCUCGUCUCCGCGUCUCCCUGGAGUCAGCAGCUACGUGACACCCAGGUUGCUAUGGUCACACAGGUUUGUUUACGCAUUAAACUCGUGGCCACGAGAAAUUGAUGUUCCCUCAACAUAGGAUCUUGGAGCCACGACAUAUGUGACCCUGGACCACAAAACCAGUCUUAAGUCGCUGGGGUAUAUUUGUAGCAAUAGCCAAAAAUACAUUGUAUGGGUCAAAAUUGUCCAUUUUUCUUUUAUGCCAAAAAUCAUUAGGAUAUUAAGUAAAGAUCAUGUUUCACGAAGAUAUUUAGUAAAUUUCUUACCGUAAAUGUAUCAAAACCAAAUUUUUAAUUCGUAAUAUGCAUUGCUAAGAACGUCAUUUUGACAACUUUAAAAGCGAUUUUCUCAAUAUUUAGAUGUUUUUGCACCCUCAGAUUCCAGAUUUUGAAAUAGUUGUAUCUCAGCCACAUAUUGUCCUAUCCUAACAAACUAUACAUCAAUGGAAAGCUUAUUCAGCUUUCAGAUGAUGUGUAAAUCUCAAUUUUGAAAAAUUGACACUUAAGACUGCUUUUGUCGUCCAGGGUCACAUAUUAUCACGUUCUCACAAAUUAAUAUAUCAUGGCCACGACAAAACUAAACCAAAAAAUACUCAAGUUUCAUUUUUCGAAUCUUACAUUGACAGUCCUUUAUUAAUUUAUGUCAGGAGUUAAGUAAAUGAAAAACGAAGUCAAUAUUGAUAUGAAGCUUGAGUCUUAGCCAUUUUUAAUGAUGUAUAGUUUAUGAAGUUAAUUACAUUCUUUUACAUUAAAACUGGCAGUAACUCUGAACUGAUGUACACAAAUAAUGCUUCUGUGAGCUGGGGUUCUCCCACAGGUUAAGAGAUUUUAAACAAACACCGUUAAUACACAUUUAGUUAACAAAACGAAACAAUACACAUUUUAAUGCUAUAAAAGUGUGCACAUUGAGAGAAAUAAACAGCAGAUGUUCAUGUUAGCAACUUCUUUAACUUGAGCAAAUGCUGCUAAUACACAUUUCAAUUUGUUAAUAAAGUAAAUAAAAUGAAACCACCAAACAUAAAUCAUGUUUUAAGGCAUGAAUUAAAUGAUCCACCCGUAUCCUUCAUAAAAUGAAACGAUCCACUUGUAUCCUCUGCUCAAUGAUGGUGCCUUGAUCAGUUGUGAUCUGCAUCUCAGGCUGAUGACAUAACUUCCAGGGAAGCAUGCCCAGUAGGGAUGGGCGAUAUCUUAUCGUUUGCGAUAUACCACUAAAAAUUCUCCCCACGAUAAGAAUUAGUCUUCCCUCGAUAAUAGCUAUAAAGUCUAGUUGUUGACAUAUUCCUGUGUGCGACUGUGCGGAGCGACAUCACGGAAGGCAGACGUGAAAUUGAGGAGGAGUUUAUCACAAAAAUCGGUCUGAAUAAUUGUACUACAGUAGCAUGUGUGUGAUACAGUUUUGCAUGUGUAUGAGCCUGUUUACAAACCUGUUGUCGAACAAAGAUUUCAUUUCUUAACGUGCUUUUUCUCCAAAUUAACUUAAUAACAUAGUUGAGUGUUUGAAAUAACUUCUUUUUUUGACCAGACGUGGUUUCGUAUUACAGAAUGAUAGUAUUGUAUACAGUGAUAAAGACUGUCAAUUAGCAUUGCAUUAUAAAUAUACUUUCCUUAUAAAAAAAAUACCCAAGAUUGUGUGCAAUCAUAUGUUUAUUGUCUUCAAGUUUCAUCAGUUAAAAUUUCUCUAUCUCUGUUGUGCGUUUUAUUCAGUGACAGCUGGAUACUUUUGUCCAUAUUAGGGAUUUCAUUCAUGGAGCAUCAUCAGUAGUAUUACUUCUGCUAUUCAUAUGUGGAGUUUCUGCGCAAGGGCGCCCUCCCGCUUCCAGUAUGAAUUAAACAGUCAUUACAUUUGUGUACUCAGUAAUGCUCACAACACCCUAUUUUGGGUAAAAAUAGGAAAGAUAAUUAUUUUCGCUAAAGAAACAGGAUUCUCUGAAUUAUCGUCAUUUAUAUUGUUAUCGCAAUAAAUACCAGAAAUAUUAUGAUAUAUUUAUAAGCCGAUAUCGCCCAUCCCUAAUGCCCAGGCCUGUUGUACACACCCCAGUCCUUUGACUCAACCUUUUAUGUUAGAAUAAGAAGUUUAAAUGUAUUUAAAAAAUCUACACUUUUUGACCGGAAGACCUAUCGUUUCAUAUCGUCAUGUGACCACGGUAAUAUCGAGACAGUUUUGCUAUUGGGAUACCACAAUAUUGAUAAUACCGUUACAUCCCUAUAAGUAAUUGUAAUGGGUAAAUGACCAAACACGGUGUAACACAGAUGACACUGACUACUGUGGCAAGCUACCAGAGACCCAUUUUUAAAACAAUUUUUUUAUAGCUGUUAGAACUGCAUUUAGAACUGCAUUUAAAUGUUUUUUUUUUGUUUGUUUGUUGUUUUUUUUU